AUGGCUCCACAGCAUGGGCUGCGGACAGAGACUGUCCGGUACAUCCGUUGGGAGAUGGUUGCCGCUAUCAUUCAGGGACUGGAGAAGUUCACGCAUGUGGUCUUCGUGCUGUUGAAGCGAGACCGGGCAAUACUUGCAAUGACCGCUUUGCAAACUCUGCUGACUGUGCUUUUCGACUAUCUGUUCGUAAGUAGUUUGCCUGGCUCCCUUCGGCUGGGAGUCAUUGGCUUGGCGAUCUCGAACAUCUGCACCUACGCAGUCGUCCUGCUCUACGCCUUGCGCCAACUCCCGAUGUCCGCCCCUGCGGCCUGGGGUUGGCUGGGGAGCUGGUGGCGUGUGGGGCGCUGGGCAGCUGUAGUCUCGCUUGUGCGAAACCUGAGCUACAUGGUGUUUGUGGCCCGGAUGGUGAAUAUCCUGCACCAGUCUGGCAACUAUUGGCUGGCCAACAACUUCAUCUGGAAGUGGCUCCUGCUGCUCUUUGUGCCCUUAGCGGAGCUUUUGAAACAGGAAGUGUCCUGCCGGCCGAGGGUGCCGUCAGCCCACUUCCCGCUGCUGCCUGCCUACGCGCUCCUUUCAUCCCUGCUUUUCGUGAGCUGGCUGCUCAGCAUGCCCGCUUGGCCUGCUUUCUUCCACAUGGUGCUCAAUGUCCAGGACCCGGCGCAGGCCCUGAAGAUCGUGGGCUGGCUAUUGCCCUUCUAUUUCUUCUACAUGCUCGCUACCAUACUGGACUCGAUCUUCUAUGGUUUCGGCCUGACGGACCAGCUGGCGCUCGUAUCUUUGGUUUCCAAUGUUGGGUUCUAUGGCUCCGCCUUCCUAGUGUACUCCAUUGGCGUAGUUGACGUGAACCUUGAGGCCGUCAUGCGCCUCUUUGGCUCUGGCAUGCUGGUUGGCAGCCUCGUUCGCCUGGUGCUGUACUACCGUUGCUUUCUUCGUGUGGUCACUCGGCCACAAAGGUCGUGA